AUGUGCAAGCUCUUCGGUCUGAGAAAGACUUCCAAGGUAGCAGCCAUUCUAAUGACCCAGCGCAUUUAUUUCCAUCUUAAUCACCCUAUCCGCUAUGUCCGCAUUGUCGGCGUCGUCGUAGCGAUCGAUGACAUCAACCUCAAAUACACGGCUCUCACUAUCGACGACGGAAGCGGCGCGACCAUCGAGCUAAAGAUCGUACGAUUACCUACUGCCGAGCAGAACCCGGUCGAUACGUCCUCCGACACGAAGAUCAAGAACCUGAACAUCGUCAGUCGAUUCGGCAUCUUCGACGUCGUCGUGGACGGCGAAGCCCUAGACAUUGGCACAGUUGUAAAGGCAAAGUGCCUCAUAUCCGAGUUCAGGGGCGCAAAGCAACUGGACUUGCAGCGCAUUCAGAUUGUCAAAACGACCAACGAAGAAUCACAAGCUUGGGCCGAGACUGCUGCAUUCAAGCAAGCAGUCUUGUCGCGACCAUGGCGUAUAACGUCAGCCGAGCACAAGAAGAUAAAGCAUGCGAUCAAAGCGGAAAAGAAGAAAGAACAGGAUAAUGAGCGACUGCAGGCGGAAUACAAAGUCAAGAAAGAGGAGCGAAGGCUGGCGAAGGAGGCAUACCUUGCGCAGAGGGAAAAGAAGCUUGAGGCACGACGGAGGAAGGAGGAGGUCAUGCUGAAUAGCGGUGCCUUGAUAUGA